AUGGCAACUGAGCUGGAUCACGGUUAUUGUGGUUGGCCUCAUGAGGAGCUGCUAAUUCAAGAAGAUUCUCAGGUAUUCACAUAUUCUGUUUUGAUCUUUUGUGGAUACAAUUUUUGCAUUUUAUUCCCUGGGCUUAUGUGCAGAUUGUUUUUACCUAGUUGAUCUUCUUUUAAGUCUCUUAUGUUUUUAUUAAUUUAGAAAGACAAAUCAUGAAUGUAGAAAUCGUAGUAGAAUCAAUCGUAGUAGAAUAAUUUCGGCCAAGCAACUUUAUGCCUGGUGAACUUAUUAAAAAAAUCGUGCAUGGUGAAGAAAUUAAGUCUCUCUAUGUUUAGAUCAAAUCUCUUGAUGGCGUUUUUGGGCGGGAGAAGCUCAGUAGUACACUCAACGACGACGAAUUUCUUAAAAAACUACUUAGUAUCGUCAAACAACUAAUGAUCGUUGUACACUAAAUUUUUGAAAUUAAUCAAUUUUUUUCAUUGUCAUGUUUUUAGGAGACUUCUUCUUUUGAGGGUUCUAAAAAUUUUAUCACUACUUCAGAGACUGACACACCUGAGUAGGGCUAUGUACAAUUCUGAGAAAUGGAGAGGAUCUUACUGGUUUUAUGGCCCUCUAUUCGUCUAUUUUGAACACGGGAAUAUAUUUUCUUUUCCGUUUAUACUUUGACCUUGCUGCUUAUUUUCUUGUGAACAGGAUGCUGCGAUUCCUCAAAUGCUCGAUCACGGUUCUGUAUCUUUUGGAAGAUAUGGAGUUGAAUCCUUGGCGUGGGAAAAAAGGUCAGCUUUCAUCCAUGACGGACGCAAGGAGGAGCUGGAGAAAUUGAAGUCUCCUGGUUUGGUCGCAGAAAAGAAAGCAUUUUUUGAAGAGUACUACAAAAGGAUUCGGGCUAUGAAAGCUUUACAGGUCAGCGAUCAGGCAGAACCCACAACGGACAGUGGGGGGGAUGAUAAUGUUGGCUACCGCAAUGAUGGGGUAGGAGAUAAAUCUCUUAAUGUUGGUGCCUGCUCGGAUGAGCAUGACACUAAUGUUCCAACAGAGACCGAAUCCGCUAAUACUUUCAAUGGUAGGCAGUCAGAUCCAAAGUCUUUCUUGACAUGCUCUAAUUCAUCAGCAGUAGACGUUGAGGCAGAAGUUAGUGCCCAUCUGUGUAAUCUCACGAUUCUAGAAGUUGCACAGGCGAGUAGCAUUUCAUCUACAAAGGAAGAAAUUGAGAUUGAUAGAAACAAGAAUUCCACUGAGUCCAUUCAGCAUGGGCACAUUGAUCUUGAGCCGUCAGUACCAUACGAGUAUCAGCAGAAGACAGAGCUCAUGGAUGAAGAGCCUGAAAUGAAGUGUAUUAAUGAUAUUCAUGUUGGAUACCUUCCCACGAUAUCAUCAGUUCUCGACUCACGAAUAAGAAUGGAUGGCAUUGAGUCCGAUCAAACCAUAUGGAGGGAUGAUACCGAAAAGGAUGUUGGAGAAACUCACGAUGCUCAAUCUUCCAUUGGUCGGCUUGAUGGUCCAGAUUAUAGCAAGAUGAAGUCAAGUGCCCCUGAGCAUCCUUCAAUUGACAAAGACAAUAUCUCCUCCUGUAAACGUAUGGAAAAUCCAUCAACGUCAGUGAUAAUGGUAUUCGAAAUCCUAUGCAUUUGUUCUUGUGUUUUUUAUGAGCCUCCAGUUGGAUUGGAAAAUAAAAACGCAAAUUAUGGAACUGAUAGAAUUGUAUACAUAUUUCACCUGUACAGGCAUUCUAGGGCUCAUAUUAUAUCAUGUCUCUAGGACCGCAUUUUCCUUGAUCAGGGAAGUCUAGGAGCAUCCAACUGAAUUUAGUUGAAUUUAGUUGCAUUUUCCUUGAGUUUCCCAGAUUAAAUCAUCCAACUGAAUUGAAAUUAACACCGCAAAGAUUUGGCUUACAUUUCACACUGGAAUUUAGUGGUUCCUUUGACUCAGUUUUUUAAUCUGAAAUUAGCAUCGCCACAGUUAUGUUUUCAUACUUCUGACGGUAAUAGCACCACAAAAUCUCUCAAAAACCUCUUUAAAAAAUUCUAUAGACCGCGAUUCAACCAUUUUAUCAAUCAUUGUCGGGUAACGUUUCGCAAUCUGUUGGGGCCUCAUGAAUUCUAUCAAAUCUUCGAGUCUCAUGGCGGUUGUGUUGGGCACCCUGCCUUUUGCGACCAAAAGUCGGUUGAUCUACAAUAAUUUUAGAUCUCUUAGACUCGGAGGAAUAUAACAAAUGUAGUCAGUUUAAGGCAUUCUUGCCAAUUCGGUUGACCUAAUGUCUGUCUGUUUAUCUACGUUUGUUUGUUUACUUCCUCUCUCUCUCCCUCUCUCGCUCCUGCUUCCCUGUAACAUUAUGUCAAAUUAAAUCGAAGAAAUCUACAAAAUUUAGGAGCAUUUACAGUGGGGAAUAUUUUUUUAACUGACCUCUUUUCCUAGUGUGUUUUCGUGGACUUUCACAAAAUCCACACAUGUAACAAACGAAAGGACAAUAAUACGCCAUGCUAGAUACUUCUAUUAUCGAUGUCUAGAAUUUUCAUUUCAUAUGAAGAUCAUGAUCGGCUUUUAUCAAGAUAAAUAGUCAUUUCUGUGGAGAACUUCUGUGGAUUUUUCUAUUUCAGUUUUAUUGUACAAAUAAAAAUAAAAAUUAUAAGAGAAGACUAUUUAAAAUAUUGUUUUUACUCUGGAUUUUCUAUCAGUGAAACAAUUUUAUGUACUGAUACAAUUUUAUUGUCAUGCAAUUAUUCAGGAAUCUGCAUCUUCUGUUUGGCAGAGUGCGAAGAUGGAGUGUGGAGAAAACUCAGAGGCCGUUAUGGAAAGUAAAGGGCCAAGACGUUUACCCAAGAAGUCCGUACUCGGAGAGGAGAACCCUUGUAGGAGAAAGGCAGCAUCUUGUAGAUUUACGAGGAAGAAUAAGUCUUCCUCGGGUUCAUUACGUACAUCACAAAGUUUACAUUCCAGUUUUUCUGUAGGCAAGGUAAAGAAGGAUGCUUUCUUGUUGAACAAGGAUCCAUGCAAUAGAUUACCAACCGAUAAGAGGUCUGGCAAAGGUACGUCAGAUAUACCGCUUGGAAAAUCAACCUCUGAAGCACGCUCCUUUCGUUUUGCUACCCAAAGGAGACCAACCACCUCGGAUGGGAUUAGAGAGAGUGGAGCACAACAUCCCUUCAAACCCUUGAAGGUGAGAUUUUGACUAUCAGUAUUUUUUCCGCAGCUAAAGUAUUUUAGAUGCUAAUAAUGGAAUGUUGAACCUUGGUACUGAGGACAAGUGUAUCUAAAAUCUUAUCAUGAAACAGAUUGAAAUGGGGAAGGGAGGGCUUUUGGAUUUUUUUAAAAGGAUUAUAUCAGGCGUUGCAUUUAAAAGGACAAGUGCAUCUAAUUAAUGGAAGUUUUAUGCAUUUAAUGGAGCUUCUCUGACUGACAUAAACAUAAGCCAGCCUGCUGCUUAGGUCAGAAUGCAGAUGUUGAGGUUCUGUGAUUGUUUGAAUGCUACUAUUUGGUACCCAAUAUUACUUUUUCUAAGAAUUAAUACGAUUAUUUUAUGAUUGAGAUUAAUGUUAUCCUUGCAGAGUAGUUCAAUGAAGACACAUGUUGCCAGUGAUGCGAAAGCUGGCAGUUUUCGGAAGAAAAGGUCGUUUCUUUCUCGAUGAUUAUGAAUUAUCUGCACAUAACUGGCGGGAGUACUCUGUUUGACCUGUGCUUCUGUUUCUUUCUUAUCCACAGUCAUCAAGGAGAAACCUCCCAAGCCACGUCAAAGGGUCACACUUCGCUCUCUGGGACAAGAGCAAGAAUUCUGCAGACACCAGACGAUCGGUAACAUUCUUUUUCCACCCUCGUUCUCGUCCACUUCAUAGAUGGAGUCCGUCAAUGUGCCACGUCAACCACUCCCCCUAAACACAUAAGGGUGAUGAUAUAUAAACGGGUGGGUCAACUAGAGUCAAGAAACAGUCUUGUGGAUCUGGGUGUGAGAUGACUUUUCUCUCACCCUUCCGAGAUGACCUCCUGAUCCCCAGAAGCUAUAAAAGAGGGAAUCUUUCAUAAUUUUAUUGUCCUAUGACAUGACUCUUUCUGUUGGUUCACUUUAUUUCUGUCCAGACAUAGUAAAUACUGUGACCCUUGCAAAUUUGCUUCGAUUAAAGGCCAUUCAUUAUCUUUGCCUACAACUCCAGGUCCCUUCCUGCCGUCGGUAAAUGCAGACCUGGAUUUGGAGUCAACGGCGAGAGACCUACAAAGGUGAGUUGCUCGAAUUUAUUUUGUUCAUAGUUUCAUUCUGGGGCUAAUGGAGCUUUGCCUGCCGACAAAGGUUCUUCAGACAAGACCGAGGUCAACUGAAGGAGCUCCGAAGCACGGUGACCCUCCGUUGACUAGAGCUAGCAGAAGCGACCACCGAAUGGUCAAAUUCGGCACUCUCUUUCUCUUCGUUGAGUCCUAUGUAGCUUUUCUCUGGGCAAAGAUUUUGACGUGGACGGCUUUUUAAAUAAAAUGCAGCAAGUCUCGUCGCGGGCCGCUGACGGACAGCUUUAUGGAAAGAAACCGAGGUACGCUCCUGUCGAUCGUUCGACCGUCUAUUUUCGCCCUUCUGUCGCUUCAAUGUCUUCGCGUUCUUGGACAGGCGAGAAGUAAAGCCUUGGCGAUAAGCGAGACGUGCCGGAGAUGCGUGAGGUUUCUGAAUACGCAGAGGCCGCACGGCAUGGAUGACCGCUUUAUGCACGUUAAGGUAUUCCGGCUGCCCUUUGUCCUCCUUGUUAAACGGCUAAUUAGAGUUGUCGGGUAGGAAGAAUUUUGUUGAGGGUUUUCAAACGCCGGCGCGGUCUCCCGCCGGAGUAACCGCCGGAGCAAACGCCGGGAUCAACAGAGGUCGGAAAACCCAUCGCAUCGCGACCGUCUGGUUUUUGAUCUUGCCGUCUUUUCGUCAAACAUGAACCGGCCAAACGCCAUCAAACCCCCCGGGGCCAGCUUUGGACAGGCUGUCUGCCAGCCCCAGUCUUCUCUCCGUAUCUCCUCUCUUUCGCUGGGCUUGUCGUCUUUCCUCUCUGUUGUGUUUCACGAUCCUGGAAGCCCUUUUUCUCCCCCCCUACCCCUUCUUCGUGUCAGGCUCCUGCCCCUCGAUCUUAGGGUUUUCGUCGGUAAGGUCGACAUUAGGGUUUUCGUCGGCGUCGGGUCCCCCGGUCUCCGGCGGAUUGCGGGAUGCGGGUGGGUCAUCCGACGAGGUAUUUGUGUUUUUUUCGCAACGGUUUUCUUACGGGCUUCUCUGUGGAGGAUGAGUCCCGACGAAGCUCAGAAGUCGGCGCUUCUCUGUGGAAGAAACUUUUUUUUUUCUUCGGGAGGUGCUUCUCUCUUUGGUGUGGGCUUGCUCUCGGGACUUUAUGCAAUCUGCGGGCUUGCCGGUCUUCGGGCGGCGGCUGUUCCUGAAUUGUCCCACUCAUGAGAAACCAGACUUUUAGAGAGCUGUUGGCUGUUUUCUUCCAAAAUAUCAUCUGGAUGUUGUCGAUGAGCACGAUAGUUCGACUCGAAGAUUGUCAACUCCUGUUUGAAUCGGUGCUCUGUUAUUUUUUCCCCGGCGACAUCACGACUGAUGGAACUGCCGUGUGCUGGAUUCACCUCUCAGGUCUUCUUCUGCGGAGGAGGAGCUCUUUUUUAUUUUUCCGACGGCUUCAGGCGACAACAACUUCAUGUGGGAGAUAG